GAGGAGUUGUGGGGGAGUGAGGGAGAGAAGAGGUUGAAAAGCUGAUUAGCUGCUUUACAGUAAAACCCAGAGAAAGUGAGCUCUUACGGGAAACUGGAUUCAGCCCUCCAGGGAUUCUACUUAGCCCGCCAGGAAUUAACCUUGACUAUAAAUAGGCCAUCAAUGACCUUUCCAGAGAAUGUUCAGAGACCUCAACUUUGUUUAGAGAUCUUGUGUGGGUGGAACAUCCUGUUUGCACACAGAGCAGCAUAAAGCCCAGUUUCUUUGGAAAGUGUUUGGGACCAGAUGGAUUGCAGGGGGUAGGGCACAAUACAGUGUGGUCUCCUCUGGCUCUUUCUCCCUGCAACAUGGGGAAGAACAAACUCCUUCGCCUCAGUCUUGUCCUCCUCCUGGUCCUCCUGCCCACAGAUGCGUCAGUCUCUGGAAAACCGCAGUAUAUGGUUCUGGUCCCCUCCUUGCUCCACACUGAGACUGCUGAGAAAUGCUGUAUCCUUAUGAGCUACCUGAAGGAGACAGUGACUGUAAAUGCUUCCUUGGAGUCUAUCAGGGGAAACAGCAGCCUCUUCACUGACCUGGUGGCAGAGACGGACGUGCUCCACUGUGUCGCCUUCUCUGUCCCAAAGAUUUCAUCCAGUGAGGAAGUAAUGUUCCUCACUGUCCAAGUGAAAGGACCAACCCAAGAAUUCAAGAAGCGGACCUCAGUCAUAGUUAAGAACGACGAGAGUCUGGUCUUUGUCCAGACAGACAAACCGAUCUACAAACCAGGGCAGACAGUGAAAUUUCGUGUUGUCUCAUUGGAUGAAACCUUUCACCCCCUGAAUGAGUUGAUUCCACUAGUAUACAUUCAGGAUCCCAAAGGAAAUCGCAUUGCACAGUGGCGGAGUCUCCAGUUAGAGGAUGGCCUGAAGCAAUUGUCUUUUCCCCUCUCAUCAGAGCCUUUCCAGGGCUCCUACAAGGUGGUAGUACAGAAGGAAUCCGGUGGAAGGAGAGAGCACCCCUUUACCGUGGAGGAAUUUGUUCUUCCCAAGUUUGAAGUGCGAGUAACAGUGCCGAAGAUAAUCACCAUCUUGGAUGAAGAGAUGAAUGUAUCAGUAUGUGGCCUAUAUACAUAUGGGAAGCCUGUCCCAGGACAUGUGACUGUGAGCAUUUGCAGAAAGUAUAAUGAUGUUUCUGACUGCUUUGGUGAAGAGUCACAGGCUUACUGCGAGAAAUUUAGUGGGCAGCUGAACAGUCACGGCUGCUUCUCUCAGCAACUAAAAACCAAGGUCUUCCAGCUGAAGAGGAAGGAGUAUGAAAUGAAACUUCACACUGAGGCCAAGAUCCAAGAAGAAGGGACAGAGGUGGAGCUGACUGGAAGGGGGACUAGUGAAAUCACAAGAACCAUCACCAAACUCUCAUUUGUGAAAGUGGACUCAAACUUUAGACAAGGGAUUCCCUUCUUUGGGCAGGUGCGCCUCGUAGAUGGGAAAGGUGUCCCUAUGCCAAAUAAAGUCGUAUUCAUCAGAGCAAAUGAAGCAAACUAUCACUCCAAUGCUACCACAGACGAACAUGGUCUUGUACAGUUCUCUAUCAACACCACCAAUGUGAUGGGUACCUCUCUUUCUGUUAGGGUCAGAUACAAGGAUCGUCAUCACUGUUACAACUACCAGUGGGUGUCAGAAGAAAACGAAGAGGCACAUCACACUGCUUACCUUGUGUUCUCCCCAAGCAAGAGCUUUGUCCACCUUGAGCCCAUCCCUCAUGAGCUACCCUGUGGCCAAACUCAGAGAAUCCAGGCACAUUAUAUUCUGAAAGGAGACGUCCUGCAGGGGCUGAAGAAGUUCACCUUCUAUUCUUUGUUAAUGGCAAAGGGAGGCAUUGUCUACACUGGGACUCAUGGACUGCUUGUGAAGCAGGGAGACAGUGAGUAUUUCCGUCAUCUCUGCAUUGCUGCCCCAUUCCGACCUAUUCAGCCUUACACCACAGAAGCGUCAGGAACACUUCUUCUUUUAUUUCUAUGGGUUUUGGGGGGAAUAGGUGGUAUUUGGUCACAUGAAUAAAUCCUUUAUUGGUGAUUUCUGAGAUUUUGGUGCACCCAUCACCAGAGCAGCAUAC